UUCGGCCGGAACUGCCAUCUUCCAGUAAUUCACCAAAAUGACAAACACAAAGGGAAAGAGGAGAGGCACCAGAUAUACAUUCUCUAGGCCUUUUAGAAAACAUGGAGUUGUUCCUUUGGCCACAUAUAUGCGAAUCUAUAAGAAAGGUGAUAUUAUAGACAUCAAGGGAAUGGGUACUGUUCAAAAAGGAAUGCCCCACAAGUGUUACCAUGACAAAACUGGAAAAGUCUACAAUGUUACCCAGCAUGCUGUUGGCAUUGUUAAGGUUAAGGGCAAGAUUCUUGCCAAGAGAAUUAAUGUGCGUAUUGAGCACAUUAAGCACUCUAAAAGCCGAGACAGCUUCCUGAAACGCGUGAAGGAAAAUUAUCAGAAAAAGAAAGAAGCCAAAGAGAAAGGUACCUGGGUUCAACUAAAGUGCCAGCCUGCUCCACCCAGAGAAGCACACUUUGUGAGAACCAAUGGGAAGGAGCCUGAGCUGCUGGAACCUAUUCCCUAUGAAUUCAUGGCAUAAUAGAUGUUAAAAAAAUAAAUAAAUAAAGGACUUCUGGGCUGUAAAAACAAAACAAAACAAACAAAAAA